AUGCCCGGCCCCCGGCGCCCCGGCCCCCGCGCGGGCCGUGGCCGCGCCUCGGACUGCAGCCCCUGCCGGGGGCCCCGCCUGGAUGCCCCCGACCGCGGCCUGUGGGACCCCACGGCCCCCGCGCGCUGUCGUCCCCGGAGCCGCACUCUGAGCCACUCCCGCAGCCGCUCCCGCCGCCCCCUGCCGCCCGCGCGCCCGCGCAACCCCACGCCCCGCUCCGGCCGCCGCCGAGCCGCGCUCCCCGGGCCCCGCUGCCGGCGCCCCGGUGCUGCUGCACAAUGCGCCGCGCGGCCCGGGCCCGUCACCCCGGGCAACCGGAGGACGCGGGACGGCGCGACGCGGGGCGAGGGCACGGGCCCCCUCCCGGGGGUCCAGGCAGUGGAAGGGAGGAAAGUUGAGGUGCCCGAGGCCGAGGCCGGAAUGGAACCGUCUGCGUCAUCGGAAGCGGAGCGGAGAGGAGAAUCUAAAUUAAAACGAGGAAUUUCCCAAGACUUGAUUUCUUCCCCCAAAUUAGACAAAUACAAAAUAGCAAGACAAUUAACGGACAAGGCAAUCAAGGAAAAGAAGAUCUUCUCCAUCUACGGACACUCCCCGGUGAUCCGGGCCUCCCUGCGGAGGAAGGGCUGGGUGGAGAAGAGGUUCCACUUUCUGCCCAAGGUCGUUCCGAGUGUCAAAGACGAAGGGGAAGGAGCGCCAGAAAACAAACAUGCUGAAGGCAAAGAAAGUCAAGAAGUGGCUUUGAGGAAAACAGACGACAUCCACGAUGUGAUGUCCAGGUUGGUAAAAAAUGAAACACCAUACUUCCUCUGGACAAUCAAAAGGGACAUCAUUGACUAUCACAGCCUGAGCUGCGACCAGAUGCUGAAUCACUACGGGAAGACGGCGUCCUUCACCACCAAGAUCGGGCUGUGCGUGAGCCUGCGGAGCCUGCCGUGGUACGUCCAGGCCAACCCCGACUCCUUCUUCCCACGCUGCUAUGGCCUCUGCACCGAGAGCGAGAAGCGAGAGUUCCUGGACGACUUCCGGCGCACGGUGGCCUCCAGCAUCCUCAAGUGGGUGGUCAGCCACCAGAACUGCAGCAGGAGCACACCCAAGGGCUGGAAGGAAGAGGCCGGUGACAGUGGCCCCAGCAACAAGCGAGUUCCUGAGAGCACAGGAUCGAGGCUCACAGGCCUCUCAGGGCAGCUGGUGGACGUCGCGUGCAGGGCGUGCGAGGCCUACCUGGGGCGGCUGGAGCACGAGGACAUCGACCUCUCUGAAGACGCCGCCAAGGACCUCACGGAGGACGAGUGGAAGGACCUGACCCAGCAGUACUACAGGCUCAUUCACGGCGAGGCGUUCAUCUCCAAUUCCAGAAAUUACUUUUCGCAGUGCCAAGCUCUGCUGAAGAAAAUCACCUCUGUGAACCCUCAGACGGAGAUCGACGGGCUUCGGAACAUCUGGAUCGUAAAGCCCGCGGCCAAGUCCCGGGGACGAGACAUAGUGUGCCUGAACCACGUGGAGGAGAUCCUGGAGCUGGCUACAGACCCACCGCCCGCCAAGGGCAACAAGUGGGUGGUGCAGAAGUACAUCGAGUCGCCGCUGCUCAUCUACGACACCAAGUUUGACAUCCGGCAGUGGUUCCUGGUCACCGACUGGAACCCGCUGACCAUCUGGUUCUACAAGGAGAGCUACCUGCGCUUUUCGACACAGCGCUUCUCCCUGGACAAUCUGGACAGCGCCAUCCACCUGUGCAACAACUCCAUCCAGAAGCACCUGAAGAAUGACAAGGACCGGAGCCCCCUGCUGCCGGAUCACAACAUGUGGACCAGCACCGAGUUCCAGGAGUACCUGCAGAAGAGGGGCCGCGGGGCCGUGUGGGGCAGCGUCAUCUACCCGUCCAUGAAGAGGGCCGUCACCAACACCAUGAAGGUGGCGCAGGACCACGUAGACCCGCGGAAGAACAGCUUCGAGCUGUACGGCGCCGACUUCAUCCUCGGCUGCGACUUCAAGCCCUGGCUCAUCGAGAUCAACUCUAGCCCCACCAUGCACGCGUCCACGCCGGUCACGGCUCGGCUCUGCGCGCAGGUGCAGGAGGACACCAUCAAGGUGGUGGUGGACCGCAAGGUCGACCGAAACUGUGACGUCGGCAACUUCGAGCUGCUGUGGAGACAGCCUGCAGUGGAGCUGCCCCCCUUCCCGGGGUCCGACCUCUUCGUGGAAGGGGUGGGUGUGUGGAAAGCCAAGAAGCAGAUGACGCCCAUCUCCAACUUUGACUUUGCAUCUCCGCUCUUGGACAUUCAUCCACCAGGGGAGAGGUGCCCCCCGGCCAUGCCACACCUGGCUCCGGGGCCACCACGAAUGGCUCUCCAGCAAGACUUGAAACUGAAAGACGAAAAGGUGCUUCCUUGCACCUUGCCUGUGCCCUAA